CUCUCUCCACCCCCCUAGCAAAGCCUGCCUCACCCCUGCCUAUUCUCCUCAGGCCAAGACUUUUAAUACAAGUUAGCUCAGAAUGCCAGCCUCUUUCGCAAUUUCAGAAACUCCUCCUCUUUGGCUUUCCUCAUCCGUUUCACGUUUAGCAAUCCCUCCUUACCAGCCUCCCCAAUACUUUUGCAGGUUCUUAGUCUGCCUCUCCUUCAGCGUCCCCGGUGGGGCUCUGGGACUCAGAAACUUAGAUCCCACAGCUCCUCUGCACGGAAGAAACCCAAACCAAAGUUACUUCGGAACAAAGACCAAAACAGCGACUCAAGGAAACCUGUGCACUCCUGGGGCGCAGCGGCACUCCCAGAAAUGUCCGGGGCCGUAGCUUGAGCAGGCUGAGAAGAAUCAGGGUGAAUUUCAAACGGUGCAGCCACCGCGUUUCCAGCCCCAGCUCCAUUUCCCAGAAGGGCCGCGGUGCCUCUUAUCUUUCCUUGGAAACUAGUUUCUCUUCCUGAGCCUUUCCCACUACUGGAUGGUAUGGCAGAUAAGGGAACGAAGCCCAUUGAACGUGUCGGAGUGGCCUUUUUCAGGAGCCACGGCCGUUAGGAUAUCGGCUCCCCGAAGCCUCCGGCGCGCCGUUGGGUGAGGACCGCAGUCGUUUGGCUGGGUCGCAGUUAGGCUUGGACAGAAAUCCUGACGUUCUGGAGCCAUCUUGCCCGCCCCAGGUAGGUCUCUGACUGCAUUGCCCAGAGGACUCCUCAGCGUAACGGGAUUCUCGCGUUAAUUCAGCCUCUAAGUCGCGCGCUGGCGGGGCCCGCGGGUCUACACCGGCAGCUGCUGCAGUUCUGCGGAGGGGCUCUGCUGCUCCCGGAGCUCCGAGGGCCUGAGCUCUGUCUUUUUCCAAAAGUGGAGGAGUUCAGAGGACAACUGAUCCUUUUCUACAAAUAUCAAAGCCAUGACUCAGGAGUCAGUGGUGUUCAGUGAUGUGUCCAUAGACUUCUCUCAGGAAGAGUGGGAAUGCCUGAAUGAUGAUCAGAGAGAUUUAUACAGAGAUGUGAUGUUGGAGAAUUACAACAACCUGAUUUCAGUGGCAGGACAUUCUAUUUCUAAACCAGAUGUGAUCUCCUUCUUGGAGCAGGGGAAGGAACCCUGGUUGGUUGACAGAGAAGUAACAGGAAGCCAAUAUCCAGUCCUGGGAUCAAGAUGUGAAACCAAGAAAUUAUUUCUGAAGAAGGAAAUUAAUGAAAUAGAGCCAGCCCAGCGGGAGAUAAUGGGAAGAUUUACAAGACGUGACCUUCAGUGCUCUAGUUUCAGAGAUAAUUGGGAAUGUAAUGACCAGUUUGGGAAACAACAUGGCUCUCAGGAGGGAAAUUUUAGUCAACCAAUAUAUACCCAUGAAAGCAUGCCCACUUUUAAUCAGCAUCCAUCCUUUAUAUUACAGCAAAUCAUUCAUAAUAAAGAGAGAUACUGUGCCACUAAAGAAUAUAGGAAAACCUUUAGACACGACUCACAGCUUGCUACACAUCAGGUUAUUCAUACCAUUGAGAAACCCUAUGAAUGUAAGGAAUGUGGAAAGGCCUUCAGACAUCCCUCAAGACUCCGCCAUCAUCAGAAAAUUUAUACUAGCAAGAAAUCCUUUGAAUGUCAAGAAUGUGGAAAAACCUUUAUUUAUGGCUCAGACCUUACUCGACAUCAAAGAAUUCACACUGGUGAGAAACCCUAUGCAUGUAAAGAAUGUGGGAAGGCCUUUAGUAGUGGCUCAAACUUCACCAGACAUCAGAGAAUUCACACUGGUGAAAAGCCCUAUGAAUGUAAAGAAUGUGGGAAGGCCUUUAGUAGUGGCUCAAACUUUACUCAACAUCAGAGAAUUCACACAGGGGAGAAGCCCUAUGAAUGUAAGGAAUGUGGCAAUGCCUUUAGUCAGAGUUCACAACUUAUUAAACAUCAGAGAAUCCAUACAGGUGAGAAACCCUAUGAAUGUAAGGAAUGUGAAAAGGCUUUUCGUUCUGGUUCAGACCUUACUCGACACCAGAGAAUUCAUACUGGUGAGAAACCCUAUGAAUGUAAGAUAUGUGGGAAAGCCUAUUCUCAGAGUUCACAACUUAUUAGUCAUCAGAGAAUUCAUACUGGUGAGAAACCCUAUGAAUAUAGGGAAUGUGGCAAGACCUUUAAUUAUGGCUCACAACUUACUCAAAAUCAAAAUUUGUACUGGUGAAAAACCACAGAAUAUAUGAAAUGUGUGAAAGCUUUUAAUUAUAGCUCAAAACUAUUCAACAUCAGAGAAUUAAUCUUGAUAAUAAUCUUUCUAAAUAGGGUAAUGUAUAAACGUUAUUUGUUGACUACAGCUUAUUUAUCCCAAGAAAAAUGUAAGAAAAACACCCGUAAGUAGAGUAUAUUUUGGAAGUUCUUUAAUAAAAUUUGUAUUUCUCUUGACAUCAGAUAACUCAACCUAGCA